CAGAACAACAGCGAGUGACAGUUGUCCUAACCACGUGACGAUUCGAUCCAAUCUCGUCGAGCGCCAAUUCACGUGACCAAUAAGUAACCAACGGUAUUAGCAUUACGUCACAGCGUGCCUUGCGCAAUUGUGGAUGCGCAGAAAGAGGUAUUUAGGAACAAUUCCAAAAUGCCGUCGACGUCGUCGGACGCGAAGAACGUCGCUUUGACCACCCAAGCUGAGAAGCCGAUACACUACACGUAUCUAAAAGAGUUCCGCGUGGAGCAGUGUCCACUAUUCCUUCAACAUAAAUGUACUCAGCAUAAACCCUUCACAUGUUUCUAUUGGCAUUUCAUGAAUCAGCGGCGAAGAAGACCUAUUAGAAGACGCGACGGAACUUUUAAUUAUAAUCCAGAUGUUUACUGUACGAAAUACGACGAGACAACGGGUGUGUGUCCUGCUGGAGACGAUUGCCCCUAUUUACAUAGAACAGCUGGAGACACUGAACGCCGUUAUCAUCUACGGUAUUAUAAAACAGGUAUUUGUGUGUAUGAUACAGAUGCUAGGGGAUACUGUGUGAAGAAUGGUCCACACUGUGCAUUUGCUCAUGGUAUUCAUGAUUUACGAAAUCCUGUAUAUGAUGUUAGGGAAUUACAAGCAAUGGAAGGUGCUGAAGAAGGACCAAAUGGUACCUCAGGCCCUAAUAAUUUAGAUAAAGAAAGAAAUGCAUUAAAUGAAGAUCCAAAAUGGCAAGAUACUGUUUAUGUAUUAGCAAAUUAUAAAACUGAACCAUGUAAAAGACCUCCUAGAUUAUGUCGACAAGGAUAUGCUUGUCCUCAAUUUCAUAAUAAUAGAGAUCGUAGGAGAAGUCCUAAAAAGUACAAAUAUAGAUUAGAUCUCUUUUAUUACAAUGAACAGAAACUUAUUAUUGAUCCACCUUUACAGGUUAUUGGUCCUUGUCCCCUUCAAAAUACUCCUCUCCUCUAUUCACAUACUUAUCCCAGCAGUGUUUCCAUUUUGCAAAGCAGUCCUGGUACGCUUGUUUCAGAAUGUCCUUUAAUUUAUAAAUCAACUAAAUGUAAUGAUAUACUUCAAAAUGGUUAUUGUCCACGUGGACCUUUUUGUGCAUUUGCUCAUGUAGAUAAAGAAAUUUCUGCUAUUCGAGACUUAGGACCUGAUAAUACAACAGAUUUAGCAGCAAUUUUAUCAAGUGCAUUGCCACCAAGUGUAGUUUCUACAAGCAAUUCAAAUGAAUAUUCUCAAUCACAGUCAUCUCCUGAAUCAAAUAAAGAUAAUUCUCAAAAUAAAGAUCAACAACAAACAAAUCAAGAUUAUCAUAUGCAUUCAGUAUCUAAUUCACAGAAUACUAGAGAGAUGGAUAUUUAUUCAACAUCCAGUCAUCCACUGCCAACACCAAUAAGUCGUCCUCGUUCAUAUAGUUCAUCAACAAAUCAUUCAGGUGACUCUUUGCCUCAGUAUCCUAAAGCACCUGGUUCUGAACGAGAAGAUAAAGAGGCUAGUAUUCAAAGGCAGCUACAAUUAAUAGACAAUGAUACAACUCUAGAUCCUUUAGAAAAAGCUAGAAGAAAACAAAGUGUUUGUUUAUCUUAUGGACUAAGCCCUGGAUUAUUAACAACAGGACAGUCAAUAAAACAAAGCAUGUCAUCUUUAGCAAAUUUAUUUUAUCCUGUCGCAGAUACAGUAGAAUCUGUUGUAGGUAAUGCAUUAGAUGACCUUAAUCUUGAUGAAAUCAAUGUUGAAGCAUCAUUAGAUAGAGAUUUAGAAAAUGAAACAAAUAGUAUCAAUAAUACAUCUAGUUCAGGUUUAUUAGGAGCUUCAGCCCCAAUGAAUAUUCCUCAAAGUGAUAACAGAGUAUUAAGUAAUCUUUCACCUCCUGUUUCUUCACCUUUACCACAUAUGUUACACUUAGGACCAUCUUCACUUACAUUACCAUCUGUUGGAAAUAAUCCUGAACAUUCUAUGGAUAAGGCUGCUGCUGCAUUUUAUGGUCAUUCUAGUUCAUUUAAUGCCAAGUAUUCAGGUAGUCAUUUUCCAUCUAGUAUGUAUGAUUAUUCAGGAACUCAAAAUAUGUCACCAGGAAGUCGAAUAGGAAGUCAAUCGUCAUCAUUAGUAUCAAAUAUGACAUUUAAUUCUUUUAAUUCUACAUCAAAUUUAUCAGAAAUUCAAAGGUUAAGAGAAGAAUUAGCAUCAAAUAGGGCAAAACUUGUUGCAUGGGAAGAAGGAAUGUCCCAAAUUAGAACUGCUUGUGAAGCAUGGAAACGAGAAGCAGAUGAAGCAAAUCGAAGAGAAAGGUUAGCUGAGCAACAAAGAGAUGAAGCAAUUAGCAAAUUAAAUGCUUUACAAAGUGAAGUGGAAACAAUAUCUGGAGAACCUUUUCUUCACUCAUUAGCUAGGAUAUCUGAAUUAGAAACAUUACCAUUAACUAAAUUAAAACAGUUACAAGAACAGCUUCGUAGUGAUCUGGAUAAAUUAGACAAGCUGCCUGAUCCAAAACUGACCAGAAUCAAGUAUUACAAGAUAGAGAUAUAGUAUUUGACAAAAAAUUGCACUCUUUGUGGUGGAGAUAGAAUUCAACAAAAAUUCUUUAGUCUUCUGCAACUAAAACCAACAGUCACAUUUUUAUUACAAGUGAUGUAUAAUUCAUUACAUCUAAGGGCCUACUUUUUUUGUGCUCUAAAUUAUAAAAUUUUUAAAAAAUUUUGCAUUACAAACAUAUUUUUUUUGCACUGAACUUUAAUCAAUUUAGUGUUCUCCCUAAGUCCUUUUUACUUUUUGCCUGAAUGGUUUUUCUAGUUCCCUGCUGAUAAAUUUCAGAAUAAGUAUAUAUGUGUACAGUACAAAAGGUACAACUUUUUGUAUUUUAACAACAUUUACAUAUUUCUUAAGUGUAAUUUGAUCCUAAUUUUUAACAUAUGUUCAAAAUUUAACAAAUUAUGUCUUUGCAACAGGUCAAUUUAUAUCUCUAGGUGAAUGUAUUUAAAAUUACUUUAACAUGUCUCUGUGAAUAUCUGAAAAAUAUUUUCACCUGUCUAAAGUAAAUACAUUAGAAAAAUAAUAAUAGUAAAUAUGUGGAAUUCUGCUAUAGUGAUGUAUAAUUUUUCUUUUGGAAUGUAACUUUUAAAUUUGUGUUUUAAGUUUCUAGAAUGUUUUACAAAGUUGUACUAAUUAUUCUAUUUGAAUAUUGUUAACUAAUGAAACAUCAAAUAAAAUAAGCAAAAGUGUUUUUUAAAAAACAUAAAAAUAUUAUAAUGUUGUUCUAUUUAUACAUCAAGUUUUAAGAAAAAUGUAUUCACACCAAUGUAUGAAAAUUUUUUUAUUAAAAAUUAAUAAAAAUCCAUAAACAAACAACAAAAAAAAGAAGGUAAAUCAGGCUAAUUGAUCUGCAGAUUGAAAAAAUUGUA